AGGAGUUUUACAGUGUCAGGUUCUACAUUUAAACCUUUAACCCCUUUUGAGUUGAUUUUUCUGUGUGGUGUAAGCUAAAGAACUUCCUCAAAGGUGGGCUACCGAGUUAAAGACCGAAAGAACUUCCUCAAAGCUCUGCCUGCUCAGAACUCUGCUCAGCCAAGAAGGAAACACAGGAGGAAGAAUGGCUGCAGGACUGCUGACGACCUGGUCACAAAACUCAGUGACCUUCCAGGAAGUAGCAGUGGACUUUUCCCAGGAGGAGUGGGCAUUGCUGGACCCUGCUCAGAAAACUCUAUACAGAGAUGUGAUGCUGGAUAACUUCAGGAACCUGGCCUCAGUGGGUUAUCAGCUCUGCAAACACAGUCUGAUCUGUAGGGUAGACCAGGAAGAGCUGAAGACAGAGGAAAGAGGAAUUCUCCAGGGUACCUGUGGAGACUGGGAAACUCAACUUAAAAGAAAAGAUACCGCUGCUAUGCAGAAUGUUUCCGGAGAGAAAACAUCCAAUGGCAUAAAAAUGGCACAAACUCAACCUGGUGAGAAACUCUUGGAAUGUAACCAUUGCGGGAAAUUCAAAAAGAACUCUCAUCUUAUUUGUACAAGAUAUUGCAAGGGAGAGAAAUCCUAUAAAUAUGCAGGAUGUGGCAAAUUCUUCAGCCUCCCCUCAACUCUUAGAACGCACAUGAAUAUUCACACUGGAGAGAAAACUCCUGAACUUAAUGAUUGUGGAAAAGCUUUCAAUACAGAGCUCUCCCUCAGAAAAUAUUUAAGAACAUUCACAGGAGAUAAGUCUCAUAGGUGUGAUCAAUGUAGUAUGUCCUUCAUCCUACACUCUUCCUCCUCAACACAUGAGCACAUACCUACUCAAGAGAAACUCAGUGAAUGCAGUGACUAUAGAAAAAAGUCUCCCCUUAAAGACCAGAAAAAAGGAUAUACUGUGAACGAGAAUUUGGAAUGUAGUGAACAGGGGAAAGCUUUCACUGACUCUUUAUUCCUUCAGAAAUGUGUCAGAACUCAAACUGGAGAGAAACCCUAUGAAUGCAGUAACUGUGGGAAAGCCUUUAUUUUUCAGUCUUCUCUUAAGAAACACAUGCGAUCUCAUACUGGAGAGAAACCUUAUGAGUGCAAUCAUUGUGGAAAAUCCUUCAGCCAGAGCUCUCAUCUUAAUGUGCACAAAAGAACUCACACUGGAGAGAAACCCUUUGACUGUAAGGAAUGUGGGAAGGCAUUCACUGUUCCUUCGUCCCUUCAGAAACAUGUCAGAACCCACACUGGAGAGAAACCCUAUGAAUGCAGUAACUGUGGAAAAGCCUUCAUUGAUCAAUCAUCACUUAAGAAACACACACGGUCCCAUACUGGAGAGAAACCUUAUGAGUGUAAUCAAUGUGGAAAGUCCUUCAGUACAGGUUCUUAUCUUAUUGUGCAUAAGAGAACUCACACUGGAGAGAAAACCUAUGAGUGUAAAGAAUGUGGGAAGACAUUUAGGAAUUCCUCUUGCUUGAGAGUACAUGUAAGAACUCACACUGGGGAGAAGCCUUAUAAAUGUAUUCAGUGUGAAAAAGCCUUCAGCACAAGCACUAACCUCAUAAUGCACAAGCGAAUACAUACUGAGCAGAAACUCUUUGAAUAAAAUUACUUUGUGAUAAUGUAUGUUAUCCUUCAUGCC